ACAACUGUUCACUUCCCAUGUCUCCUCACAGACCAACGCCCUCUACCAGUCCAUUUGGCAUUCAGGGGUAUCACCGUGAGUGUCGGGACCAGACAAAUUCUUCAGGAUGUCGACGGGCUCGUAAGACCUGGACAAGUUUUGGCCGUGAUGGGGCCAAGCGGAUGUGGCAAAACGACCCUUCUGAACGCCCUCAGCGGACGCCUGAGACUAGAUUCCGGCCAGAUAUUCCUCAAUAGGGAACCUUUAUGUAAAAGAUGGAAGAGGAAGAUCUGCUACGUCCUCCAGCAAGAUAUCUUCUUCCCUGACCUAACGUUAAGGCAAACCUUAGAGUAUAGCGCGCGACUAAGAUUACCUGACACAUUGAGCCAUUCGCAAAAAAUGCAGUACGUUGACCACAUAAUCGAUGUAUUAGAGCUCGGUAACUGCCAAGAGACCAUCAUAGGAGACAACCUCAACAGAGGCCUCAGCGGUGGAGAGAAGAAGAGGGCCAAUAUAGCUUGUGAAUUGUUGACUAAUCCUUCGUUAAUGUUAUUGGAUGAAUCAACUUCCGGUCUGGAUUCGCAUGCGGCUCAUAGUCUGAUGACUACCUUAAAGCGUUAUGCAGUUCUGGAAGGAAAGACCGUUGUGAUAACACUUCAUCAACCUUCUUCCCAAAUUUUCCAUCUUUGUGAUAAACUUCUUCUUUUAUCUGGAGGCCAAACAAUCUAUCACGGUGACACUUGUAAAGUUGUUGAGUUCUUCAGCAGCGUAGGACUUAAUAUUAUGCCACAUUACAAUCCUGCCGAUUUUAUAUUGGAACAAAUAAAAGGAACUUCCGACACACGAAAAAGACUUUUGGCUGCGGCCAAAGAACUAAGGAAAAGCAAGGAUUACCCUAUAGAACUACAGCACGAUUGUUACGUUAAUGAAAAAUAUGAUAAUUCGAAUAAAAUGUUGCUGCCUUCUCAUGGACCAUACUCAAGUUUGGAACAAAGAGCUUCACUACAUUCUCACGCUUCAUCUUCAGUCAGUUCAGAAACUAGCGACGCAGAUUGUUAUUUCACCUGGCCUACUAGUUAUUGGACGCAAUUCACUGUUCUCUCCCAAAGAAACUUCCAAGAAGCGAUGCCCAGAAUGUUGUCCAAACUGAAUUGGGUGCAAACUGUACUAUUGGGGAUAAUGGCAGGUUUUCUUUGGUUCCAGUUGGAUAGGACGGAAGAGUCGCUGCAUGAUAUACAGGGUUGGAUGUUCUUCUCUACCACCUACUGGAUGCUGUUUUCACAUUUUGGAGCUCUCAGUGCUUUUCCUCCAGAACGUGAAGUGAUCAAUAAAGAGAGACUUUCUGGUGCAUACAGACUGUCAGCGUACUAUUUGGCAAAAAUGGUUGGCGAACUACCUCUGAUUGUAACUCUUCCAGGUGUAUAUUUCCUUAUUUCCUAUCCCAUGAUGGGAAUUCAUUCUAUCAUGGUGUUUUUUAUUCAACUGUUAUUUCUGUUGCUGAACUCCCUCGUUGCUCAGAGUAUCGGCUUCUUCAUUGGGGCGUGUUGUAUGGAUAUGGAGACCAGCGUCACUAUCAGCGCCCUCUAUACACUCGCAACGCAACUUUUCAGCGGUUUCCUGGCGACAAACAUACCGUGGUGGCUUACGUGGAUGCGAUAUUUGUCGAUGGUCCAUUAUGCUUAUCAGAACAUGCAGAUUGUUGAAUUCGGAGAAGGAAUGGAAAUCAAGUGCGGAUCCCAAUCCAAGUUCGAAAUAUGUUCAAAAGGUGCCGAAACCAUACCAGUGAGUGCCAUACUAGAGGCUCAGGGAUCAUAUCUUCCGCUUUGGGCAAACACUCUCAUUCUGUUGUGCUUCUUCGUCGUCCUGCGUGUCAGUGGUUACGCUGUUCUUCGUUACUUGAAGACGGCAAAGUGACCCUAGAUCAAUGUUCGUAUCUG